UCCUGUGAGCGUUCGGAGACUGCGGGCGCGUAGACCUGUACUGGGCCCGCGCCCCGGCCCCUGACGGAGCUGGGCGUGUCCCUCCGAGUGCCCCCUGCUAGGGACUGUGCAGGCCGGAGCUAGGCAGGGACAGCGGGGCGAGCCGGGCUGAUAGGGUCGGUCCCUGCUCCUGUGAGGCUCUCACCGAAUCCCUGCUGUCUCCGGGCAGCUGAAGAGCGCUGGGCCCUCGCGUCGCUGGCGUGGCUGUGGCCGUGUCUCCUGGUGGUCUGAGCCCACUGCGCGUGUGGAUCCACGUGGGAGCUGGGUUCCAGAGCCUCGUCCUGAGGCGGAGCCAAGCCGCGGGUAGGAAGCCGGACUUGGCGAGGGAAGAGCACGACCCCGGGCCAGUGCGCCGCGCCGGGCGCACCCGGGUUUGCCAGCCCUGCUCUGGGCCCUGCAGGUCCGCUGGCCCCGCCGCGCCUAGUGGGGAUGCCUCGUGUCCCCCAGGCAGCCCCAGCCUGCGUCCCGCUGCCUGAACCCUCGGGAGGACCACAGGGCUGUGGCCGAAAGACAGAGAUUUGGACCUAGUGAAAGGACGCCGCUCCUUAGCCCCAGCUAUGGACUCCACAGCAUCAGGUUUGGCUCUGGAGCGUGCAGAGGGCCAGGAGCCCUCAUGGGAAGCUAGUACCAGGCCCGAUAUCAGGAGGACCCCAGGAAGAGGCCGGGGAAUCCCACUGAAGGCUUCCCCUUCUCAGAAUCCUGCUCUUCCUCCAGAGAGAUUCCCAGGAGAAGAGGGAACAACCAAUUCAUUCCUGAAAGCCAGACCUUGGGAGGCUGAGCCCAUCCAAGUGAAUGAUGGCUCCCUGCCCUGUCCGGGGUGUUCUCUUCUUGCUGUGCACCCACUCAGAUCGUUUGGGCUUACUCUGGCAUAUUUCGGGAAAGGGCACUGUGGUGACCACCAGGACCUGAUGACAUUUGAAGAUGUGGCUGUGGAAUUCACCCAGUGGGAGUGGGGGCAGCUGAACCCUGCUCAGAAGGACCUCUACAGGGAGGUUAUGCUGGAGAACUUCAGGAACCUGGCCUUUCUGGGGCUUCUAGUAUCCAAACCAUAUGUGAUCUGCCAGUUGGAGGAAAGGGGCGAGCCCUUCAUGGUGGAGAGAGAAAUCUCAACAGGAGCCCACUCAGACUGGGAGAGAAGGUCUAAAUCCAAGGAAUCAAUGCCAAGUUGGGGAAUUUCCAAAGAAGAAUUAUUCCAGGUAGUAUCAGUGGAAAAACAUAUUCAAGAUGUGCUGCAGUUCUCCAAGUUUAAAGCAGCCUGCAGUUGUGAUGGCCAGUUAGAGAUGCAGCAGAUAAAACAGGAGAGAUACCUGAAACAAAUGUCAACCACUCACAAAUCUGCCACCACCCUUAGCAGAGAUUAUAAAUGGAAUGGAUUUGGGAGAAGCUUAGGUUUAAGAUCAGUCCUUGUUAACCAACACAGCGUUCUCAUGGGAGAAGGAUCUUAUAAAUGUGAUACAGAAUUCAGGCAGACUUUAGGGGGAAACAGCUCUCAGAGAACCCAUCCAGAGAAGAAAUCUUUUAACUGUAAUGAAUGUGGGAAGUCCUUUCACUUCCAGUCAGAACUUAGGCGCCAUCAGCGAUGUCACACUGGAGAAAAGCCCUAUGAAUGCAGUGACUGUGGAAGAGCCUUUGGUCAUAUUUCAUCCCUUAUUAAACAUCAAAGAACUCAUACUGGAGAAAAGCCCUAUGAAUGCAGUGAAUGUGGGAGAGCCUUCAGCCAGAGUUCGUCUCUUGUUCUGCACUAUAGAUUUCACACUGGAGAGAAACCCUACAAAUGUAAUGAAUGUGGACGAGCUUUUGGUCACACUUCAUCCCUUAUUAAGCAUCAGAGGACUCAUACUGGAGAAAAGCCCUAUGAAUGCAGGGAAUGUGGGAGAACCUUCAGCCAGAGCUCAUCACUCAUUGUGCAUUACAGAUUUCAUACUGGAGAGAAACCUUACAAAUGUAAUAAAUGUGGGAGAGCCUUCAGCCAGAGUUCAUCUCUCACUCAACAUUACAGAUUUCACACUGGAGAGAAACCCUACAAAUGUAAUGAGUGUGGAAGGGCCUUUGCUCAUACUGCAUCCCUUAUUAAACAUCAGAGAAGUCAUGCUGGGAAAAAACUCCUAUAAAUUCAGUGAAUAUAGACGGGCUUUCAGCUGGAGUGCAGACAUCACCAGAACUUAAGGAAUUCAUAUCAGAGAGAGAUCCUAAAGGUGUAAUGUAUGUGGGAAGACCACAUCUUUUCCACAUCAGGCAAUAAUUACUAAAGAGAAUCCCUAUCAAUGUCAAGAGGGGGUGGGCUUCCCCUCUCUUACCAAACACGAGAGAAUCCAUACUAGUGAGAAACCACGUGAAUGUAAUGAAUGUGGGAAGGCUUCGAUCAGAGGAUGCAUAUUAUUCAGCAUCAGACAGCCAACACUGGGGAGGAGCCUUAUCAAUGCAGUGAGUGUGGCAAGCCUUCAGUUACAUACUGAUUCUUUAAGAAAAUCAGAUAACUUGUAGUGGAGAGAAAUUCUACUAGUGUGGUAAGUACGGAAAAAUCUUCAGUUGUAUCUCUUCCUUUACUAAGCAUCAAGAACACAUACUAGAGAGAGGCCCUAUGAAAGAAGGAAAUAGAGGAAGGCCUUCAGUCAGAGCUCAUCCCAUAUUAAGCAUCAGAAAAUUCAUACCUGAGAAAAACCUGUGAAUGUGGGCAAUGUGGGAGAGCCUUCAGCCAAACCUCAUUGCUUUAUAAACCCCUUAGAACUCUCCCUACUAGCUGGAAACUCUGGUGAUGUGAUGAGUGUGGGAAAGGCUUUGGUGGAUGUUCCACCAAAACACGUUAGAGAAUUUGUACAUUAGAGAAUUUGUGCUAGAGCAACUCUUCAAAUUUAGUGAAACUAGGAAAAUGCACUAGUAUAGUUCAAGCCUCAGUAUUCAUCUCAAAGAGAAACCUUGGGAACAUGAUGAAUGUGAGGAAAGUUCCUUUCCAACUUGAGAUGUAUAAAACUAGAGCUGAAAAGAAGCUGAGAAAUCACCUUGUCUGGUGAUUUUCUGCCUGGUGGGGCCAUUUGUAUAACCACACUUAUGCAUUGCCUCCUCAUGCUGUUACUGACGGGGCAGGGUGUCCUGCGUGGGCGCAGAGGAUGGAGGCUGAGAAAGGUAGACAGCUACCCAUGAUCUAGCCCAGUCGUAUUUUAGAGCUAAUAAAACUGAUGUUCAGAAAGUGACAUGCCUUGGCCUAUAGUCUUAACUGGGCUGGGCCUCUUUCCUGUGGUUCACAGCUGUAGUAUGGAGAUUAAUAGACUGGACCUUUCCAGUACAACACCUCCAUGCACUUCUUUCUCUGUAGCACAUGUUACCUUUCUUUGUGAGGCAAUGGAGUGGUUUAGGAUUGAGCAAAAAGCAAUUUUCAUUACAUCUUUAUGAUAAUAGAUUUAGAAUUUUUGAAAUGAAACCUUGUUUAAACAUUAAAAUUACUAAAAUAGGCCAGGCGCGGUAGCUCACGCCUGUAAUCCCAGCACUUUGAGAGGCCGAGGCGGCAGAUCGCAAGGUCAGGAGAUCGAGACCAUCCUGGCUAACAGGUGAAACCCUGUCUCUACUAAAAAUACAAAAAAAUUAACCAGGCGUGGUGGCGGGCGCCUGUAGUCCCAGCUACUGGGAAGGCUGAGGCAGGAGAAUGGCGUGAAUCCGGGAGGUGGAGCUUGCAGUCAGCCAAGAUCGCGCCACUGCACUCCAGCCUGGGAGACAGAGUGAGACUCCGUCUCAAAAAAAAAAAAAAAAACAAACACUAACAUAUGGGUAUUAUACACAAUCUAGAUCUCAAAAACAUGAUUCUAAGUGAAAGAAGGCAGAUGCCGGAGACCACGUAUUUUCUAGUACCAUUUUAGGAAAUGUCCAGAAAUGGCAGAUCUUCAGAAACAAAGUAACUGCAAAUGUUACAAGGAAUCUUUUUGGGGUGACGAAAAUGUUCUAAAACUAGAUGGUGGUGAUGGUUGAACAAUUUGGUAACUUCACUAAAAAUCAUCGAAUUGUUCACUUCAUAUGGGCAGAUAUUAUGGUAAAUAUACCUCAAUAAAAUCGUUUUUCAAAAUCAAAUUUACACAUAUACCAACCAUUGCUAAACACAUAUUCCUGUUUUGUUUGUUACUUCAAGCCAUCUGUGCAUUUUUGGUAUCACUUCUUACUUUCUAUAACAGUUACCCCUACAUUUACUGGGUCUCAGAACCUUGUCAGGCUCUUCUUUAAAGUUCCUACCAUGUUGGCUCUGUAACUCAGGUGGAGAAGCCUAGACCAGGAGCUGGUAUAGACCAAAGGAUACUUGCCUAAUAAGGAUUAGCUUAUACUGAGGAAAAUCCUGUAAGUAUUUAAAGUCCAGAUGAGGAAGUUGAGCCCAGAAUUCAGGGAACCAGCUCAAAGUGGGCCCAUGCAGACAGGCUGGGUCUAGAGUCCACAAGGUUGGCCAGGGCAGGUAGGAUGCACAGGAGGCAUCUGGAUCUGGAAGUACUUGGACAGCUGAGGUCAAGAUGCAAGUCUUGGAGCCUAAAAAUCACACAGAAAUUUCUUCCUGGACAGCCAAGGUUUACAGGAGCAGAAAUAGCAAAUAUUUUCUUGCUCCAUCUCUCCCUUUUUUCCCAGUGCCCUUUUCUGUACCUACCCAGAUCACUUUAUACCUAGACAUCUGUCACAAUUUUGUAACUGGUCUUCAUCCAAAAUCUGUCUCCUCUUCUCAUGUAUCCUUGCCAUAUUAACCAUACUCAUCAGUUUGAACCCAGUGUCCUGCCCUCUAAAAAUCCUUUGCACUGCCUAAAGGAUAAAUCCUUACCCCCGUGUGUGGUAUAUAAUGCCCUCUUUAGGCUACUCCAACCUCCUGCGGCUCCUGACAGAAGCCUCUAUUGCACACAAACGCUCUCUUGUCAUCCCUCAGACAUGCCUUUCCACAUCUCAGCCUGUAAACCUUUACCUUAGCCAUUCUAUCAGCCUGGGGCACCUUCUCUACCUACCUAAAGCCUACAUAAUCAGUCAGAAACCUGUGUUAAUUUCCCUUCCUUGGAGAGGUGUUCUCUUGAAAACUGAUAUAAAGUCAUAUCUUACCAUUUGUAAUAUAAACAUAUUUGCGUAAGUUUUUAAAAAUGGACAAUAUUUAGACUUGUGGUAAAUCUUAUCACUGUCUUGAUCUAUUUAAAUAAUUUUUUAUCACUUUACCACUUUCUUAUUUCCUGAACCAGAUGACAACGGAAAAAGUCAAAUGGUAGAAUAUUUUAGGAGAUUUAUUCUGAGAUAAAUAUGAGUGACCUGUAGGCACAGUUGACCAGCAUUUGCCUUAAAACAGAGACCUUAAGACUAACAAAAACAGACUCUUUGUAGCAAUAACAACAUGACAGUAAGUCCUGAGAGAAAUCAAAGUGUUUUACGCCAAAAUAGAUUUCUUUUAAGUCCGUUAAGAAACAAGUCUGACACAGCCCCAGGAGAUCCUGAGAGCAUGAGCCCAAGGUGGCUCUUGUCAGGAGCAGCAGCAGGUUGGGGCAGCCUGAAGAGGACAUUAUAUACCAAACACGGGACUGAGGAUUUAUCUUGUGGGAAGUGCAAAGGAUUUUUGGAGGGCAGGACACUGGGUUCAAACUGACGAGUAUGGUUAACAUGGCAAGGAUACGUGAGAGGAAGAGACAAUUGUGCUGUCAGGCUACAGCUUGGUUUCAUGCAUUUUUACAUUUUAGCGGAAUGUAAGACAUCAAUACAUGUAAGAUUUACAUUGGUUCGAUAGAGAAAGGCAGGACAACUUGAAGCUGGUGAGAAAGGGACAGGGACAGAGGGAGGGCCUUCCAGGUUAUAGGUGGAUUCAAAGAUUUUCUGAUUGGCAGUGGGUUUAUCCAAAGAUCUGGAAUCAAUAGAAGGGAAUGUCUGGGUUAAGAUAAGGUAUUGUGGAGACCAAGGUUCUUACUGUGAGAUGAAGCCAGAAGGUAGCAGGCUUCAGAGAGAAUAGAUUGUAAAUGUUUCUUAUCAGACUUAAGAGAAAUUUAUUUUAGGAUAAAAUACUUAGAUUUCUCUCAGGGCCUGUUAUCUGUCGUGUUAUCUUAUUGCUACAAAGAGUCUGUUUUUGUCAGUCUUAAGGUCUCUGUUUUAAUGUUAAUGCUGGUCCACUGUGCCUGAAUUCCAAAGAGAGGAAGGUAUAAUGAGGUAUGUCUAACCACCCAUUCCCAUCAUGGCCUGAGCUAGUGUUUCAGGUUUACUUUAGAAUGCUCUUGGCCAAGCGGAAGGGUCAAUUCAGUUGGUUGUGUGCUUAGAAUUUUAUUUUUGACUUACACAGACCAUCAGCUGCUUCGUGUCACAUCUCAUGCUUCUCUUGUGUUGCCCAGUUUUCUCAGUGCUUCCGACUGCAUGUUUUUGUACUAUAUGAAAAGCCUUCUUUCUAGAAGACUACCAAUUAAAUAUUUCUUUAGAAAAAUGUAA